GUCAUCCUCAUUUGAAUGUUAAAUAGCCCAAGGCUAAGAAAGAGGCAGGACUUCCCCAACGUGUCUGCAAAGCCCGCCCAGUCUGGACUGGCUUGCCCCUGCUACCAGCACCGAGCCAGUGCGGUUCUGCCGGCCAGAGGUGGCUGCACCAAGCCAGGCUGCUGUGCUGCUGCGCCCGGGACCAGGAUGAGCAGCACCCCAACGCCCCGGAACAUGCGGCCCAGCCCUCCCAGCGUAUGUACCGUGGUGGAGCUCAAUGUGGGAGGCCAAAUCUUUACCACAACCACCGACACCCUGAGGAAAUACCCUGGCUCCAGACUGGCAGAGAUGCUCUCCAGCUCAGCCACGGCCUGCAAGGAUGCUGAAGGCCGCUUCUUCAUUGACCGCCCUGGCACCUAUUUCCAUCCCAUCCUGGACUACUUGCGCAGCGGACGGGUGCCCACGCAGGACAUCUCUGAGGUAUACCGUGAGGCCCAGUUCUAUGACAUUCAGCCUCUGGUCAAGCUCUUGGAGGACACGCCUCAGAUGUUUGGUGAGCAGGUGUCCCGGAAGCAGUUUCUGCUGCAAGUGCCAAACUACAGCGAGAACCUGGAGCUCCUGCUGCGCCUGGCCCGGGCAGAGGCUGUGGGGAGGCGUCUAUCGAAAGUGGUGGUGUGUUUGCUGUAUAAUGAGGAGCACGCUGCAUGGUGUGCAGCACCUAUAUAUUCUCUGGAGUCAAAAAAGAUGUCAGUUGUCAAGUUUGGGCCUUGCAACUUAGAUUAUUAUUACGCACUGGACCUUCUGAGCUGCCUACAGAAAGACAUUAAGGCACAGGGGUACCAGGUAUCCUAUAAUGCAUUCCAGUUUACUGAGGCAGUCUGGGCCAAGAUGGACCAUUCCUUUUAUAUAUUCACCUUCACAUGGUGGUGACCUCCAUCGGUUGGGACUCUUUGUUAUGGGAUCGUGUGGGUCUAUUGAAAUUAAAAAGUGCCAUCAAAA